AUGGGGAAGGACGGGCUACUCAUCAAACCAAACAUCUUCCUCCUUCUCCUCUUCUUCCUUCCUGGGGACACUUCGCCCACCACAGAGCCGCAGUAUAUGGUGCUACUGCCCUUUCUGAUACACACUGAUUCUCCUGAUAAAGUCUGUGUUCAGCUGACACACCUGAAUGAGUCUGUGACACUGAGUGCCACACUCGAGUAUCAAGGAGAAAACAGGAGCUUGAUUGAUGACGUGGUGUCGGAGAAGGACGUGUUCACCUGCAUCCCUUUCUCUCUUCCAAAAUCAAAUAGCCAGUCACCAGUCACGUUUAUCACUGUGACGGUGAAGGGGGCGACACUGCAGUUCAACAGCCGCAAGUCGGUGCUGGUCAAGAAUUCUGAGAGCUUGGUCUUCAUCCAGACAGACAAACCCAUCUACAAGCCCGGACAGACAGUCCUGUUCAGAAUUGUUUCUCUGGAUAAAGACUUCCAUCCCUUGAACGAGGUGUUUCCGCUGGUCUAUAUUGAGGACCCAAAGAAAAACCGUCUGUACCAGUGGGCAAAGGCAGAGUUAAAGGGAGGGUUAAUCCAGCUGUUCUUCAACCUCACCUCUGAACCUAUGCAAGGCACCUACACGGUGGUGGCACAGAAGGCAUCUGGGAAGACAAUUCGGCAUCCUUUCUCUGUGGAGGAGUAUGUGCUGCCAAAAUUCGAAGUAACGGUGAAAAUGCCUAAGGUGAUCACCAUUCUUGAUGAGAAGCUGAAGGUGACAGUUUGUGGUCUAUACACAUUUGGGAAGCCUGUUCCUGGCCUCGUGAGCUUACGUGUCUGCCGGAAUUUUGAACGCGCAGCCACCUCCUGCUAUGGUGAAGAGGCUAAGGCAGUGUGCGAUGAGUUCUCUGGACAGACAGACAACUAUGGCUGCAUUUCUGAAAUGGUGAAGACCAAGUUAUUCCAGCUCAAGAGAAGUGGAUAUGAGAAUAAGCUCCGUGUGGAGGCUAAAAUUAAAGAGGAGGAGACAGGAGUGGAGUUGACUGGAACAAGCUUCUCCGAGAUCACAACAACCAUUAGCAAAAUCACCUUUGAGCAUUCAGGCUCCCUCUACAAACCUGGAAUCCCCUUCUUUGGGCAGGUGAAACUAGUGGAUGGGUCUGGUGCUCCAAUCGCCAACGAAAUUGUGAGGAUUUCUUUACAAGGAGGCCAGGAAACCAACUACACAACAAAUGAAGAGGGCAGGGCACGGUUUGCCCUAAACACUUCCAUGUUGUCCUUCGAUUCUGUUGGAAUUAGGGCAACUCAUAAAAUACACCCCUACUGCUAUGACCGUUCCUGGGUUGUGCCACAUUAUGAAGAAGGCUAUCUCCAACUAAAGCGCUUUUACUCUCCUAGUAAUAGCUUCCUCAAAAUUGAGCCCAAGUCCGAGACACUCAGCUGUGGCUCCUCCACAGAGGUCCAGCUGCACUAUAUCCUUACUCCAGAGGCCAUAGGAGAGCAGAAGAAAAUGGUCUUCUACUACCUGGUGAUGGCCAAGGGAAUCAUUAAGCAGGCGGGCACCCACAUUCUGGAUUUGGAGCAGGAAAGUGCCAACGGGGUCUUCUUGCUACAGCUGCCUGUGCAAGCUGAUAUUGCUCCAGUGGCCCAAGUACUUGUCUACACCACUGCCCCCAGCGGGGAGGUGAUUGCUGAUUCAGCCAAGUUUGAUGUAGAAAAGUGUUUCAGCAAUAAGGUGGACUUGAGCUUCUCUUCUUCUGAAGGCCUGCCUUCUUCUGAUGCUCACUUGCUGUUCAGAGCCUCCCCGAACUCCCUUUGUGCUGUCCGUGCUGUGGACAAGAGCGUUCUCCUCAUGAAGCCAGAAGCUGACCUGUCACCCAGCUCUGUGUAUAGCUUGCUGCCAGUGAAGGAAUUGCAUGACUAUCACUAUGGUUCAGACACACUCUCGGAGGAGCCCCUGGAGAACUGCAUCCCCUUGAAGAAGAUAGUUCUGAACGGGAUCACCUAUUCUCCAGUAGUGGAGACGCAAGAAGAGGACACUUACAGCAUCCUAAAGGAAAUGGGUUUAAAGGUUUUCACAAAUACCAAGGUGAGGAAACCUUGGUAUUGCAGCACUGAGAAUUACAUGCCUGCAGGAGUCCGCCUUGCACCACCUUCACUCAUGUCUGGAGCACCUAUGCAUGCAAUGAGGACAAGCGGCCUUCAAGCAGAUAGACUUUAUGCCACGUUAAGCACUCCCGAAGAGCUGACAGAGACAGUCCGAAAGUAUUUCCCAGAAACUUGGAUUUGGAGUUUAGUAUCUAUAAGCUCUGAGGGAAAUGCUGACCUAGAUGUGACCAUCCCUGACACCAUCACCGAGUGGAAAGCCAAUGCGUUCUGCACUUCGGUAGACUCGGGCUUUGGCCUGUCCCCGACAGUGUCCCUCAGGGCCUUCCAGCCCUUCUUCGUAGAGCUCACCAUGCCCUACUCUGUGGUGCGUGGUGAGUCCUUCACGCUGAAAGCCACCGUUUUCAACUACCUGUCCGCCUGCAUCAGGGUCAGUGUGACUCUGGCUCAGUCUGCUCAUUUCCUGGCUGCUCCAGUGGAAAAGGAGGAAGAAUCUCAUUGUCUCUGCGAGAAUGGGAGGAAAACUGUGGCUUGGCUGGUGACUCCCAAGUCUCUAGGGCAGGUGGAGUUCUCGGUGAGCACUGAAGCCCUGCAGAACCAGCAGCCCUGUGGGAACGCCAUCGUGGAGACCCCUGAGAAAGGGCGGAAGGACACGGUCAUCAGACAGCUGCUGGUGGAGCCUGAAGGAGUUGAGAAGGAAACAGCCCAGAACUCUGUGCUCUGUGUAAAAGGAGUGCCUGUGAAAGAGAAUUUUUCCCUGUUGCUACCCUCAAAUGUGGUACAAGACUCAGGCAGAGCAUAUUUCUCAGUGCUGGGUGACAUCAUGGGCACUGCCAUGCAGAACCUGCACCAGCUCCUCCAGAUGCCGUUUGGCUGUGGGGAGCAGAACAUGGUCCUGUUUGCACCCAACAUCUACGUCCUGGACUAUCUGAACAAGACAGGGCAGCUGAGUGAGGAGGUCAAAUCCAAGGCCAUUGGAUACUUAGUGAGCGGUUAUCAGAGGCAGCUGAACUACAAGCACCCAGAUGGCUCUUACAGUACCUUUGGACCACGUUAUGGCCAACAGGGGAACACCUGGCUCACAGCCUUUGUCCUCAAGUCCUUUGCCCAGGCCCGGCCUCACAUCUUCAUAGAUGAGAAGCACAUCCAGGAUGCUUUGGUCUGGCUGUCCUACAAACAGAAAGAAAAUGGCUGUUUCCGCAGUUCUGGGACACUCCUGAACAAUGCUAUGAAGGGUGGAGUGGACAACGAGGUCUCGCUGACAGCCUACAUCACUGUCGCAUUGCUGGAGAUUCCUCUGCCUGUAACCCACUCAGUGGUGCGUAACGCUCUGUUCUGCCUGGAAACAGCAACAGAUGAGAAAGAAAACCAUGUAUACACCAAGGCACUGAUGGCAUACGCCUUCGCCCUGGCAGGGAAGGAGGAGAAGAGGAAGGCAUUGCUUGGCUCACUUGAAAAGGAAGCCGUGAAAAAGGACGGGUCUGUUCAUUGGCAGCGGCCUGGGAAAGAGCCAGAGGUUGAUCUCCCGUACUAUCGCUACCGCGCUCCCUCUGCUGAAGUGGAGAUGACGGCCUACGUGCUCCUUGCUCACCUCACCACGCAGCCGGCACCUUCCCAGGAGGAGCUGUCAUUUGCAUCUCUUAUUGCAAAGUGGAUCAGCGGUCAGCAGAAUCCCAAUGGAGGCUUCUCCUCCACCCAGGACACAGUGGUGGCUCUCCAAGCGCUGUCCCUGUACGGAGCUGUGACCUAUGCCAAGAGCGGAGCAGCUUCCAAAGUGACCCUGCGAUCUGGAGAGGACUUCCAGCAAGACUUCCAAGUGGAUUCCACAAACCGGCUGCUGCUCCAGCGCGUGCCCCUGCCCCAGGUGCCAGGGGAGUACAGCACGGAGGUGUCUGGUGAAGGAUGCGUCUACGUGCAGACGAGCCUGAGGUACAACGUGCAGCCCACGCAGGAGGACGCACCCUUCACGCUCCACGUGUACACCAUCCCAGAGACGUGUGAGGACUCCAAGGCUCACAAGGUCUUUGACAUAGGCGUAAAUGUCAGUUACACUGGAGAGCGCAAUGGCUCCAACAUGGUGAUUGUUGAUGUGAAGAUGCUGUCAGGAUUCAUCCCCGUGAAGUCCUCUGUGAAGAAGCUGGAAGGCCGCCCGGUUAUUGAGCGCACAGAGUUGAGUACCAACCACGUCCUGGUGUAUCUGGAAAAGCUGAGCAGCGAGACCCUCAGCUUCUCCUUCGCGGUGGAGCGGGACGUCCCCGUGCAGGGCCUGAGGCCAGCCCAGGUGAAGGUCUAUGACUACUACGAGACAGAUGAGUUUGCCACGCAGGAGUACAGCGCUCCCUGCACCACAGCCAAGGCUGAACAGGGAAAUGCCUGAAGAGCACAUCUUGUCUGAGCCUUGCUGGAUCAACUCGUGUGUCUCUGCCCCUCGAAGAUCAUCUUGUUGAGGGGGCCUAUUGAAAUGUUAGCGGAGGACACCUCAACACUG